CUUUCUACAAUCUUUCUAGUUAUGGGUAACGCAAUAUUGCAAAAGUCAAUAUUGCAAGUAUUUUGCCAGUAGUUCGCGCUACUAGCAUGAUAUACUUGACGUGUGCUGACUGUUGAUAGUUUGCAAUAGAACCAAGCAGAAGCAACUACCGAAAUUAUUACCAAAUAAAUCCAUAAAGAGGAGUUAGUGGAUUAUUUUCAAAAAUAAAGUCCAUUUUUCUACUUUUUCCAUCAUGUUUGCAGCAAGACGUAUUCUCGUCUCCAAUACGAUCAAGGACGUAUUUGCAAGAUCAAAGCACUCGCUUCCAGAUCUGCCAUAUGAUUAUAAGGCUCUAGAGCCUAUCAUAUGUGCAGAAAUCAUGCAGCUUCAUCAUUCUAAACAUCACGCAACAUAUGUCAAUAAUUUGAAUGUUGCUGAGGAGAAACUGAAGGAGGCAGUUGCAAAAAAUGACGUCAAUACACAAAUUGCUCUGGCCCCAGCCAUCAAGUUCAAUGGUGGGGGUCACAUCAAUCACUCGAUUUUCUGGUGCAAUCUUUCGCCCUGUAGUAGCGAUCCAGAUGCCACUUUGGUGAAACAGAUCGAGAAAGACUUUGGCAGUUUGGAGGAAAUGAAAAAACGCUUGUCCGAAACAACUGUGGCAAUUCAGGGUUCUGGCUGGGGUUGGCUUGGGUAUGAUCAAAAAGCGAAAUCGCUCAGAAUAACGACCUGCGCGAAUCAAGAUCCACUGCAGGCCACAACUGGCCUUAUUCCUCUCUUCGGCAUCGAUGUGUGGGAACACGCCUAUUAUUUGCAGUAUAAGAAUGUACGUCCCGACUACGUGAAAGCGAUCUUUGAUAUUGUCAACUGGAAGGACGUAAAUGCGCGCUUCAAAACCGCUGCCGGUUGCUAAGAGUCAAUAGAGAUGUUCAGCUCACUUGAGUCUGUUAUAAAUAUGGUGUUGUUUAGAAUGACGCUUUGUUUAGGGUUGGUAUAUCGUUACGAAUUUUCGUCACACGCCUGUGAUUUUCUGUAUGCUUUUCUUUUUAUCUAGACUAUAUCUAAGAUUGUGUAACUAUAAACAAAUGAUAAGUAAACCAAAUGUAAAAAGAA